UACCUAGAGACAACAACUUUCAAUUCUCUUGUUAUUUCCUUCUUCCAUCUUCUUCGCAUUAGCAUUCACAGUUAUAAUUUCAGUUACCCAUUUUCUUCGUCAAUAUCAUUCUGCUAUUUUUGUUUUUGUUCUUUUUGCUUUAACCAUUUCGUCAAUUUGAUUAUUGCACUGCAGCUACCUGAUUCGCCACCCUAAACCACCAGAGAGAAAUGGGAAUUGCAGGAGUGCUAAGGAACAUUGUUCGCCCUCUAUCACUUGCAUCAUCAAGAACCUUGACCUCUCGAAUGUCCACCAAUGCUUCAAUGGCAUUGUUCUGUCCUGUUUCGCCAUCUCCCUGCAAACCUCCCCUGUGGACUCUUCCCCUUUUGAACCACUUCCAUAGCUUGACAGACACUCGCUUCCCAAAGAGACGACCCUCUGAUAAACCUCGCCGAAAGAGGGCCAGCCUGAGACCGUCUGGGCCUUACGCUUGGGUUCAAUAUACACCUGGCGAACCCAUACUUCCAAAUAAGCCAAAUGAGGGGAGUGUCAAAAGGAGAAAUGAGAAGAAACGCAUGAGGCAGCGCCGUGCCUUUAUAUUGGCGGAGAGGAAGAAAAGGAAAGCUCAGAUGCAAGAGGCUAAUCGGAAGAAAAAUAUUCAGAGGGUAGAACGCAAAAUGGCUGCAGUUGCAAGGGAAAGGGAGUGGGCAGAAAGACUGGCUGAGUUGCAGCGACUCGAGGCACAAAAGACAAUCUAAUGGAAAUUUUUAGGACCUAUCUGCAGUUGGUAACACUGGUUGUGCACUCUAUACACUAUUUCUAUAUUUUCAUUAUGUUCAGAAACAUGAAAGUCUGAAUCCCCACAUUUUGUUGUUGAGAGUAAGACUAAAACGCUGACAUUUUUUUUUUCUCUUGAAACAAAGAUGAGAAAAAUAAGAGAAACCUGGUGUGGGUAGAUCAGUGGCACAUGCUAAUACUAAUAAAUCUUAGAGUCUACAACAUUAGGGUGGAAAUAUCUGUUGAGAAUAAUGAGAAGGAGCGAGGAAAGUAGAAUAGAACUGGUUUUGGUGGGAUGAAGGGCAUCCAAAGGAAGGUGGAUGGAAGGGGAGGGCUUAUCCAGAAUGUAUUAUCCAUUUUGACA